AAGCCCUUGAGAAUAAUACUAUUGCAAAGAGAACUACUUUCUAUUUUCUAGCACCAAAACCAAAAUCAAAUUCAAAGGCUUAAUUCAUAAUAUGGCUUCUUGGAAAAAGACUAUUGCAACACCAUUCAAGAAAGCUUGCACUUUCUUUAACCAACCACAACAAAGGGACCAAAAGAAAUCUCAAAUAGAACAAGAGAAUCGUGUAAUGGAUCUACAUGGUGAAGUCAUGGCAUGCGGUUAUGAAGAUGUUCAUGUUAUGUGGUCUAUACUUGAUAAAUCCAAAUCAACAGCUUGUAAUAUAACUUCUUCAUAACAUCUCUUUUCAUCUAUUUAAUAACAAAAAGUAAAAGUAUAUAUAAAAAAAUUAAAUAUUUAGGUGUAGUUGUGCCCCUUCUCCUUUGAUGAUGGUGGUGGUGGAAAUUUCACUUUGUAAUUUUUUGCAAGUGAUGAUGAUAAGAUGUUAAUUAUUAUUA